CUCCAACAUGCCGCACAUCCAAUGGGCAUAUUCAAUAUAUCUUUUUUGCGCCUCUUGAAUCUUGACUGGUGAUGCAAGCAAGAAACAUGUUUCAUGUGCAUUCUUAAUACUUUAAUAUUUUAAUAUAUUUUUCUCUAUCUCCUCUAUAAUCUCUGAUCUCUAUCUCCUACCACAUAGACGCAUUCCCAAGCACUUCCUGGGUCUUAUUAACUAUUAUUUCUCUCCAUGAAUGAUAUCUAGUUAACGCUUGUGCAAACAUAACAUGACGAACCAGGCGGAUUUUGAAAACGAUGCGUCGGGAAGAGAGUACGGCAAACCUCACGAUGCCAAACAUAAAAUCCCCACUGUCCAGAGUUAUCGGCAACACAGAAGAGAAUUGGAAGGUCAGCUAGAAGAUGAGGAGCAAGCGCAACAAGGACCAGAGGACGAGUCGAGACCAAAGCGGGCGUUCCAAUCUGCGAAAGCUGUCAUCCAGGGUAAAGAUACUCCCAAGUCUCAACAUGAUCCAUACCCAUCUACGAACCGUAAUUAUGCCGACAACGCCCCAUAUGCCCCAGAAGAAGAAGGAGAAGAGAAGGAGGAGGAAGACACUCGAUCUAAAGAGACACAUGGUUCUAUAUAUGAUACUGAAAGAAAGGAGGAACCUGAUGAUCAUCGGGAAGAUGGCGGUAGGAAGGGAGGCGAACAAGAAAAGUCGGCAACAGAAGCUGUAGUAAGUGCUGUUGAUCCGAAAGAAAAGCGCAAGGCGAUGAAGAAGACCAAGAGGCAUGGUGGAGGACGUGAAGUCACCGAUCCCGUUACUCAUCUACCAAUUGUCAUACACGAUCAGACUGAGAAAGAUCUAAACUCUGCGCCUCAAAAUAUCCCAGCGCCAGGACUACACCAUUAUACUGCCAGCGGACCCCAAGGUGCUUCUAAGUCGGACCAAGAGUUGGCAUCUGAGCGUGAUGAGUUGCAACGGGCCCAUAAUGGGAUGCAGAGGGUAUUCCCGCCGCCAGACUUUGAGCGCACAAAACAAGGACUCGCCGCCAUUUACGAGCAGACAGUCUAUGUUGGCCUAGCUCUAAUGGGUACUCUGGCUGUUGUUCUACUGUUAGCCCCGACAGUUUUCAUUGGGCCGGGUUGGUCCGUCCUAUUCAGCACAGCUAUGUUUGUUUGCCUAGGAACAAUGACCGUCAUCGGUAUGGGGAAAUGGGUAAGUAAGAAAACUAGCGAGCUGUUUGAAGACGAGACUUGGGAAGCUGCGCGACGAGAAGAGCAGGCUAUUCUGAAUAAUUACGAGGAGCUCCCCGAAUCUGCUCAAUGGUUGAAUAGCUUGCUCUCGUCCAUCUGGCCGCUUGUUAAUCCAGACCUUUUUGCUUCCCUCGUCGAUCAAAUCGAGGAUAUUAUGCAGGCAUCCCUUCCCAAGGUUAUUAAGAUGGUCAGCGUCGAUGAUAUGGGACAGGGCAGUGAGGCUAUUCGAAUACUGGGUGUGCGAUGGCUACCGACUGGUGCGGCCAGUCAAACAGUGGGCUCUGAUGACCAACUUCAAGGGGAUGAAAAGGGGACCGGAAACGAUCGAACGGACCCGCAAAAUCCUCAACAAGGCGCCAAUGGCCAAGAAAAUAACACUGACGAGAAGGGUAAAGAUCCGAAGCAAGAGGAACAAGAAGAAGUGGCCAUGCGGGAGGGGAUGGAGGCGGAAGAAGGCGACUUCGUGAAUAUGGAGCUUGCGCUCGCAUAUCGGGGCCGCUCGUCCGGCAAGUCAGUCAAGGACAAAGCCAAGAAUGCCCAUCUUUACCUAAAGUUUUACCUUCCAGGGGAGGUAGCUAUUCCCGUCUGGGUUGAGCUUAAGGGCCUUAUUAUGACUAUUCGACUCCGACUUCAAUUAACACCAGACCCGCCAUUCAUAUCCUUAUGCACUCUAACCUUCCUCGGACAACCAAAGGCUAGUAUCUCAUGUGUCCCUCUUUCAAAGCAUAGCUUUAGCUUGACGGAUGUUCCAUUAAUAUCUUCCUUCGUCAACUCGUCAAUCGACGCUGCACUUGCGGAAUAUGUGGCCCCUAAGAGCUUGACUUUGAACUUAAAGGACAUGCUCGUAGGAGAGGACUUUAAGAAGGACACGACUAGCUUAGGUGUUGUCUGGAUUUUCAUUAAGCAGGCGCGCGGCUUUAAACAAGGCGACGGUGGGAUCGGACCUAUGAAAGGCUCAAGUGAUUCGUAUGUCACUGUAUCGUGGGGUAAAUUCGGCAAACCAGUCGCUUCGACUCGCAUCAUUACGGGUGACGACAACCCAAACUGGCAUGAAUGGGCAAGCAUUCUAGUGACUCCAGAGGAGGUAAACGCCGAGGAAAAGCUGCGGCUCCAACUAUGGGAUUCGGAUAAAUGGUCGGCAGACGACGAUCUAGGUCGCGUAGAAGUAGACCUAAAGUCUCUUAUGAAACGUCCGAACAAAUCUCAAGACCGCGAGGAUAGAUUUUCUGGCCAAGAUCCCGACGAGACGAUGCCAGGAUCGUUACAAUGGUCUGUCGGAUAUUUUUCGAAGACGAGAAUCACAUCUAAAGAACUUGAACAGCAAACCGUCAAUAGAGAAAUACGAACUCACGAUCAACUUAGACGUCACGUUUCGGAAUUAUCUGAUCAUAAGCUGCGGGAGGCCGGCAAGCCAUCGGACGAUGAAGAACUAAAGCAACAGAAAGCUCAAGACUACAGGGAAAUUGAAGAAGCCAUGAUUAUCUCAGCCCCACCAUCUGACGAACUCGUCUCGGGUAUUCUCAGCGUCCAGAUCCACAACAUCACGGGGCUCGAAAUACAGAAACUUCAAAAGCAAGAUAAAGGAGACGACGGCGAUAAUGAGGAUGAAGCCGAGCAGAGCGAUGACAUGCCCGACAGCUACUGUACUGUCAUAUUCAACCAUAAAAAGAUCUUCAGGACAAGAACGAAGCCGAAGAAUUCAAAACCUUUUUUCAAUGCUGGAACCGAGCGAUUUGUUCGGGACUGGAGAGACAGCGAGGUUAUCAUCAGCGUAUGGGACUCUCGCGAGCGGGAAGAUGACCCGCUGAUAGGGAUUGUCUAUCUUCCGCUGGCGAAGGUGUUUGCAAAAAAGAGCCAGAUGGUGGAAAAUUAUCCUUUAGUUGGAGGUAUUGGAUACGGUCGGGCUCGUAUUAGUAUGGUUUGGCGAAGCGUGGAGCUUAAACUGCCGCCAAACCUCAGGGGGUGGGAUUAUGGGACCCUAGAGAUACGCGGAUUCAUUCAGCCGAAAAACGAUUUACCUCGGUCCUUGACAGAGCAUCGCAUCAAGAUACGCACGAACUUAGGAAAGGCGAAGAUGUAUCCAGAAAAUGGCCAGUGGGUGUCUAAGGGUAGAAAGGAACACGAGGCUGUGUUCUUGGCAGUGCGCAAUCGAUAUGCUUCGGCCGUGGUGAUCGAAUUUCGCGAGUCUAUGCUUGGACCGGACAAAACAGCCGCCUUCGCGGUCAUGUGGCUCUAUGAGAUCGCCGAUGAGGAGAGUGAAACCCGAACCUUAAAAGUGUGGAAAGGAUCGAAGGAUGGCCUCCGUAAAGCCCAGUCAUGCUGCGACUACAAUGGCAUGGGUGAUGGUGAGCAACCUCUAGGCGAAGUUGAGCUAUCGUUAAAAUUUUGGCGUGGUCUAUCUGGCUAUCACAAGAGCUAUGCUUCUCAGGCUAAGAAUAAUGACCUGCGGAAUGUUAUGGAAUGCUUAGACACAAUCACGGACGAAAAGCUCGAUGACGACGAAGACGAAUCUGAACACGAAGGCGAUAUGACUGAUGACGAUUCAGGAGAUGAGACACGCAAGAAGAAGCUCCGUGUCCACACCAACGAUGAUUCGUCGUGCUCUAGCUCCGACGACGAGGGUGAAGGCACCGGAUCCGGGACGUCGAGCUCUUCUCACUUGUCCGAUAUCAAGAAAUUCAAAAAAGUCAAGAAUAUCUUUCGCAACCCGGUAGAUGGAGCCAGCGAAGCGGCUACGUCGGUGCUUGCGCCGGGGCACAACAACCCAGACGAUGCAUCUAGAGGAGUCCGAAACCAGCUGCGCGACUACAAAGACCACCACAAACAGCUUCACCGCAAACAUCGUGGCAUUAUGCAGUGGAGGGCAGCAAGAGAAGCUAACCACGUCGGGGAGAAACUAAGCAGACUCAAAGGAAACAUCAGCGGAAUAUUCCAUCACGGGGAAAAAGACGUCGGCGUCGAAACUGAGGUAUGAGACCAUAUGUAGGUGCCUAAAUGGAGUCUAGCUCCCGUAUGCCGAAUUCCGCGGACUACGGAUGUGUGGGGUUCCGGAAGCGGAAAGGGGAAGCUGAAAAGGGUUACAAGAAGUGUGGGAAAUGUCUAUGCGCGGACAUGUUUCACCUGCCCAUUUUUUGCUUGUAGGGCCUUUUAAUGAUGCCAAGCUAUAAGGAGAAACGAAAGCUUCUAUUUUUGCUUCUUCGAGGCGUUGUUUAAGGCUAUGUAUUUAUUAUUAACAAGGGCUUGUAUUUGGAUGGAUGUAGUGUAUUUCGUACGGAUAGCCGUAAAUUAUAGCCAAUCACAGUCUAACCCCGGUUAGAUACGCCG